AUGGAAAAAGUUUCUGCAACGGUCAUCGAAAUACAUGACGCGGUGCAAAGAUUUGUGAGAUUUGGUUUGGUCGACCAAAAGUUUGUACAAAAGGAUCCGUUUAUAUAUUUUGAUCAUUUUAAUAUUUCAGCACCUACCGUUUUUGCGAAUCAUCCUCACAGCGGAUUUGAGUCCGUCACUUAUGUUGUUCAAGGCGAACUUUUCCACGGUGACAACGCUGGAAACAAAAACGUUCUGGGACCCGGCGGAAUUCAAAAUAUGUGCGCAGGUGGUGGUAUAAUACACAGAGAAAUACCCAUUGGGGUUGCAAACGGCCUUAAUUUGUGGGUGAACUUACCACAUGAUAAAAAACGAAUUCCAUGUGAUUUUCAGGUUUCUAGGAAGGCUCAAAUACCUACUUUACAAAAUGAGGGCGCAACAGUGAGAGUGCUUAUGGGAAACUCACUAGGAAUGAGAUCAAGAAUACAAACGCAGCAGCCAACAGUAAUGUUAGAUAUCAUGUUGAAUUCGGGGUCUUCGCAUACUCAGCCAAUCGAUAGAACAUGGACCACUUUCAUUUACACGAUGCAAGGUACUAUCGUAGUCGGAGCGGUUACGAUCAAAACAAGACAUACUGCUGAUAUCUCUGGUGGAGACUUUAUCAAGUUCGAAAAUAAAACCGAAGAUAAAAAGCCUGCCAGAUUUUUCUUCUUUUCCGGCAUUUCAUUAAAAGAAUCUAUGUAUAUUCAUUCCAAAGGUAACCAUGCAUAUGUGAUGGAAAGUAAAGACGCUGCUUUAGAAAUGGAAAAGUUAUACAAUAAACGAGUGGAUGGAUUUGAAGAAUAA